AUGGCCAUUGUUUCAGCUGAAUAUCUAGACGAUUACAACAAUGAAGAAAUGCAAAUUCAAAAUACCGAAUCAACAGUGUCUGAAAUGCAAGAAGCAACAACUUCUUUGAGAGGGGUAAGCCGCUUCCUGACCCAGCAGAACCCGUUGGCGAGCGUGACUUGCGACAAGUUACCUAGGGUUUGUCGUCUGAAGAAGAGCCCGGGGUCUGACUGCUGCAAGAAGAAGUGUGUGAAUUUGAAGACGGAUAGAUUGAAUUGCGGGAUGUGCGGGUACAAGUGCAAGUACACUGAGAUUUGCUGCAGGGGAAAAUGCGUGAAUGCAUCGUUUGACGAAAAGCAUUGCGGUGGAUGCAACCAGAAGUGCAAGAAAGGGGAGUUUUGUGUUUUGGGGAUGUGCAAUUAUGCAUGA